UGCGUUCAAUCUGAUCCAUAUCCAUAGGUGUAGCCGCUGCAUACUUGGCUACACACGGAUUGCAUUCUAAUCUAAUCCUUCGCUCUCCCAUACAAAGACACACACAAUUUUACUAUUUAUUACUUAACUCUCUCUAUCCUCUCAACUCCUCACUCUCACUUAUUUUCUCUCAAUACUUGGUCGCCAUGAAUGCUCUCGCUGCCACCAACCGUAACUUCCGUCGAGCAGCUCGCAUUCUAGGUUUGGACACUAAGAUUGAGAAGAGUCUUCUCAUUCCUUUCAGGGAGAUCAAGGUUGAAUGUACGAUCCCAAAAGAUGACGGAACGCUGGUUUCGUAUAUUGGUUUCAGGAUCCAACACGACAACGCUCGUGGACCUAUGAAAGGCGGAAUCCGUUAUCACCCGGAGGUUGACCCUGAUGAAGUGAAUGCUCUAGCUCAGUUAAUGACAUGGAAGACAGCGGUAGCAGACAUUCCUUAUGGAGGAGCAAAGGGUGGAAUUGGGUGCAACCCGAGGGACCUCAGCAUUAGCGAGUUGGAGCGUCUCACUCGUGUCUUCACCCAAAAGAUUCAUGAUCUCAUUGGCAUUCAGAGGGAUGUUCCUGCCCCUGAUAUGGGAACUAAUGCACAGACAAUGGCUUGGAUUCUUGAUGAGUACUCAAAGUUUCAUGGGCAUUCACCGGCAGUUGUCACUGGGAAACCUAUUGAUCUUGGAGGUUCAUUGGGACGAGAGGCUGCCACAGGAUUGGGAGUGAUUUUUGCAACAGAGGCUUUGUUUGCUGAAUACGGGAAAUCAAUUUCUGAUAUGACAUUUGUCAUCCAGGGGUUUGGAAAUGUUGGCACUUGGGCUGCAAGGUCAAUUUAUGAGAGAGGGGGUAAGGUGAUAGCUGUGAGUGACAUCAGUGGUGCUAUUAGAAACCCAAAUGGGAUUGAUAUCAUCGCUCUGCUGAAACACAAGGAAGAGAAUCCCGAUUUGAAGGAGUUCUCGGGAGCUGAUGUCAUGAAUCCAGAUGAAUUGCUUGUUCAUGAAUGUGAUGUUCUCAUCCCAUGUGCCUUGGGAGGAGUUCUCAACAAGGACAAUGCUUCUGAUGUGAAAGCGAAAUUCAUAAUAGAAGCUGCAAAUCAUCCCACUGACCCAGAUGCAGAUGAGAUAUUGUCCAAGAAAGGAGUCAUCAUAUUACCUGAUAUAUAUGCUAAUGCUGGUGGAGUGACUGUGAGCUACUUUGAGUGGGUUCAGAAUAUUCAGGGAUUUAUGUGGGAUGAAGAGAAAGUGAACCGUGAGCUGAAAAAGUACAUGACCAAAGCCUUUCUAAACAUAAAGGCAAUGUGUCAAAUUCAUAACUGUGACUUGCGAAUGGGAGCCUUCACUCUAGGAGUAAACCGUGUUGCUCGAGCUACUCUUCUCAGGGGUUGGGAAGCUUAGGUUUCCUAGUUUAAUUAUGUUGUUGCCGUUUAGGCCUUUUCCUUCUUUGUUCUCCAUUAGGAUCCUUUUCUUUCCAGUUAUUUGAUCAGUUUAGUUUAGUAGUUGAGUUUCAUAAUUGCCUGAGAACCACAUACUGGUAGAUGCGUUUCUAUAUCUUGCUCUCAGAUUGGCACUUAUGAAUCACUCUUGUUUGAUUAUUACUUGCCUUGCAAGUUGAUCUUUGAUGGUAUAUUCAAUCAAGUACUAAUUUAGAUCUUUUAAAC